AUGCCAAUCAGAAGUGCUCCUUCAGAACCUUACUUGCAUUAUGGUGUCAAAUGUGAUUGCUGUAACUAUACUAUCCGUGGAAUAAGAUGGAGAUGUACAUCCUGUGAUGAUUAUGAUUUAUGUCAAGAUUGUAAGCCCAAAUCAGAAAUUCAUUGUCAUCCGGAUGAUCAUGCGUUCCAGCCUGAACCACAUUCAAGCACUUCCUCUCGUGCUCCUCGUACAAUUUGCUGUGCAUCAUGUAUAGUGUGUGAUAACUGUAACAAAACUAUCCAUGGAAUGAGAUGGAAGUGUACAUUUUGUCAAAAUUAUGAUUUGUGUCAGGAUUGGUCGGAUUACUUGCAUCCUACUUUUUGUGACUAUUGUGAAUUAAUCUGCUUCUUUGCAAAAUGUCAUACAUGUGCCAAUGGUGAAUUUUCUGUAGAAGAAUACGAAUUAUUUCAAGUUAUAAAAAGAUAA